CAGAAGCCGUGUUUGUGAGUGGAGUGCGAAGAACUGCAGAAAUCAUAUCGCUUUAUGAAAUUUUUCUUAGACGAUAAAUAAAAUAAAUACAAAAUUCUGCAAAUUAUUAAAAAGUUCUUUUUAUAAACCAAUAAAUAAAAUAAAACACACUCCAUGGCGGAUGCUGCAGCUAGACAGCUUCAGUACGAGUACAAAGCGAACUCUAAUCUUGUGCUCCAAGCUGAUGUGCGUCUUAUCGAGCGUCCACGACGUGAUGAAGCGACCGGUGAAGUUGUAUCGCUUGUAGGGAAGCUAGAUGGAACCCGAAUGGGCGAUCGUUAUCAGAGAACCAAGCCUGAAAAAACAGAAGAGCGAAAGCAAAAACGGCAAAAACGUGAUGAAGCCCAAUAUGACUUUGAGCGGAUGAAAGGUGCCACUUUGCUUUCCGAAGGCAUUGACGAAAUGGUCGGUAUUGUUUAUCGGCCAAAGACUCAAGAAACCCGACAGACCUACGAAGUGUUGUUGAGUUUCAUUCAAGAGGCUCUGGGUGACCAACCGCGUGAUAUUCUUUGCGGUGCAGCUGAUGAGAUCUUGGCAGUUUUAAAGAACGACAAGCUAAAGGAUCGAGAACGCAAACGUGAGAUUGAUAGUCUCUUAGGAAGUGUUGCUGAUGAAAGAUUUGCUCUGUUGGUGAAUUUGGGCAAAAAAAUCACAGACUUUGGGGCAGAUGCAUCGACUGCCCUCAAUGUAACCAACAACGAAGAACAAAUCGAUGAGACCUAUGGAAUCAACGUGCAAUUUGAAGAAUCCGAAGAAGAGAGUGACGAGGAUAUGUACGGAGAGAUUCGAGAUGAAGAUGGACAAGAAGAGGGCGAAGAAGCGCGAGUUGAUCACACAUUGCAUGCAGAGAACCUUAUGGCUGAAGAAGCAACCAUGGCCAAUGUCAAAAAAGAGCGGGGCUUACAUCCCCUCGACAUCGAUGCCUACUGGCUUCAGCGCUGCCUUAGCAAAUACUACAACGAUGCCAUGGUAUCACAAAGCAAAGCAGGUGAUGUCUUGAAAAUUCUCAAAGACGCCGCCGAUGAUCGUGAUUGUGAAAAUCAACUUGUAUUGCUCCUCGGCUACGAUUGUUUUGAUUUCAUUAAAUUGCUGAAAAACAACCGUCAAAUGAUCCUCUACUGUACGAUGCUGGCCUCUGCGCAAACCGAUGCCGAACGGCAAAAAAUACGCGACCGCAUGAAGAGUGACAACCACUUGUCGAAAAUCCUGCGUCAACUAGACACAGGCAAGAGUGAAGAUGACGAAUACGGCAACUCAUCGCGUUCAAAUAAACGAUGCAAAGAGGAGAACGAUGCCGACGGUGGUCAAGGAGGUGCUGCCGAACAGGUGGCUGGAGUGCGUCAAGUUCUGGAACUUGAAGAGUUAGCAUUCACGCAAGGAUCACAUUUCAUGGCAAACAAGAGAUGUCAACUGCCUGAUGGUUCCUUCAGAAAACAACGUAAAGGCUAUGAGGAGGUGCAUGUGCCAGCUCUGAAGGCAGCUGCAUUUGACGACAAAGAAGAACUGCAGCCCAUCGACAAGCUUCCCAAGUACGUCCAGCCGGUGUUUGAGGGUUUCAAGACGCUCAAUCGAAUUCAGAGUCGUCUGUGGCAUGCCGCUCUCGAGUCCGAUGAAAACCUGCUUCUCUGUGCGCCCACUGGUGCGGGAAAAACAAAUGUCGCCCUAUUGACAAUGAUGCGAGAAAUUGGCAAACACAUCAACGAAGACGGAACCAUAAAUGCAGACGAUUUUAAAAUCAUCUACGUGGCGCCUAUGAAAUCGUUGGUACAAGAAAUGGUGGGUAACUUUGGGCGACGGUUGGCUUGCUAUAAUCUGACUGUGUCUGAAUUGACGGGAGAUCAUCAGUUGACGCGGGAACAAAUUGCAGCGACUCAGGUGAUUGUUUGCACACCCGAGAAAUGGGACAUCAUAACUCGUAAAGGAGGCGAGAAGACAUUCACUACUCUCGUGCGUUUAGUUAUUAUCGAUGAAAUCCAUUUGCUGCACGACGAACGUGGCCCGGUGUUGGAAGCUUUGGUAGCCAGGACAAUCAGAAAUAUCGAAACGACACAGGAAGAAGUUCGAUUGGUUGGACUUUCGGCCACCCUACCAAAUUACCAAGACGUUUCGACCUUCCUGCGAGUGAAGCCCGACAAGGGACUGUUUUACUUUGACAAUAGCUUUCGGCCAGUUGCUCUGGAACAGCAGUAUAUCGGAGUGACUGAGAAAAAGGCACUUAAGCGAUUCCAGGUAAUGAAUGAGAUUGUCUAUGAAAAGACAAUGGAACAUGCUGGGCGCAAUCAAGUGCUGGUAUUUGUGCAUUCCCGCAAGGAAACAGGCAAAACAGCCCGAGCGGUAAGGGACAUGUGUCUGGAGAAGGAUACUCUGGGAAGCUUUUUGCGUGAGGGUUCCGCCAGUAUGGAGGUCCUGCGAACCGAGGCAGAGCAAGUGAAGAACUCGGAACUGAAAGAACUGCUCCCCUAUGGCUUUGCCAUCCAUCAUGCUGGAAUGACUCGAGUCGAUAGGACUCUGGUUGAGGAUCUCUUUGCAGAUCGACACAUUCAAGUUCUCGUUUCCACGGCUACCCUGGCCUGGGGUGUGAAUUUACCCGCUCAUACCGUCAUCAUAAAAGGAACUCAAGUGUACAACCCGGAAAAAGGACGCUGGGUAGAGCUCAGCGCUCUGGACGUUCUCCAAAUGUUGGGUCGUGCUGGUCGACCACAGUAUGACACCAAAGGUGAAGGUAUUCUCAUAACCAACCACAGUGAACUUCAGUUCUAUUUGUCGCUCCUAAAUCAGCAGUUGCCGAUAGAAUCUCAGUUCAUAUCGAAAAUGCCAGACAUGCUCAAUGCAGAGAUUGUCUUGGGAACGGUUCAGAACGUCAAGGACGCAGUUAACUGGCUUGGUUACACGUAUUUGUACAUAAGAAUGCUGCGCAAUCCCACGCUCUACGGGGUAGGACACGAAAAGAUAACCGAAGAUCCACUUCUGGAGCUGCAUCGUGCUGACUUGGUUCACACUGCAGCGUUGCACUUGGACCGCAGUGGAUUGUGUAAGUACGAUCGUAAGAGUGGCCACUUCCAGGUGACCGAGCUGGGAAGAAUUGCAUCGCACUUCUAUUGUACUCACGAGACCAUCAUGACCUACAACCAACUGUUGAAGCCAACGCUGAGUGAAAUCGAGUUGUUCCGCGUGUUUUCGCUGUCAUCGGAGUUCAAACACAUUGCAGUGCGCGAAGAGGAGAAGUUAGAACUUCAAAAACUGAUGGAACGUGUCCCAAUCCCUAUUAAGGAGUCAAUGGAGGAGAAUAGUGCCAAAGUUAAUGUCCUCUUGCAGGCUUACAUCUCGCAACUGAAACUCGAAGGAUUCGCUUUGAUGUCGGACAUGGUUUUCAUUACCCAAUCGGCAUCUCGUCUUUUGCGAGCCAUAUUCGAAAUAGUUCUCCAUCGAGGCUGGGCUCAGUUGUCGGACAAAGCGCUAACGUUGUGUAAAAUGAUCGAUCGUCGGAUGUGGCAAUCGAUGACGCCGCUGAGACAAUUCAAGAAGAUGCCCGAUGAGAUAGCAAAGAAGCUCGAGAAGAAAAACUUCCCCUGGGAGCGUUUGUACGAUCUUGAGCCCAACGAGAUCGGAGAGUUGAUUCGUGUUCAGAAAUUGGGUAAAACGAUUCACAAGUUUGUCCAUCAAUUCCCCAAACUCGAACUCUCAACUCACAUCCAGCCAAUCACAAGAUCGACUCUGCGGGUGGAGUUAACCAUCACACCCGACUUCCAGUGGGACGAAAAGGUGCAUGGUCAAUCGGAGGGUUUCUGGAUUCUGAUCGAAGAUGUCGAUUCUGAGGUUAUUCUGCAUCAUGAGUUCUUCCUGCUGAAGGAGAAGUACGCCGCCGAUGAACAUUGCAUCAAAUUUUUCGUUCCGGUAUUCGAGCCUCUGCCACCGCAAUAUUUCCUCCGCAUUGUUUCAGAUCGAUGGAUUGGUGCUGAGACCCAAUUGCCGGUUUCCUUCCGUCAUUUGAUAUUGCCAGAGAAGAACAUGCCACCGACCGAGUUGCUGGAUCUUCAGCCACUCCCAAUAACAGCGCUGAGAAACCCAAGCUACGAGACAUUUUACGUCGAUCGUUAUCCGCAAUUUAAUCCCAUACAAACUCAGGUCUUCAAUGCGGUCUACAACAGCGAUGACAAUGUGUUUGUUGGUGCUCCAACUGGGUCUGGAAAAAUGACGAUUGCCGAAUUCGCUAUCAUGCGACUUUUGCUCCAAAAUCCCGAAGGAAGAUGUGUCUACCUGAUAUCGAAGGAAGCUCUGGCCGAUUUGGUAUUCAACGACUGGCACAAUAAGUUCGGUGGACAAUUGGGGUUGAAAAUUGUGAAGCUAACCGGCGAAACCGGAACUGAUUUGAAGCUUCUGGCUAAGGGACAAAUUAUCAUCACCACCGCCGACAAAUGGGAUGUCCUUUCGCGUCGUUGGAAGCAAAGGAAGAAUGUCCAAAACAUCCAGCUCUUCAUUGUGGAUGAAUUGGAAUUGGUCGGAGGGGAAGAUGGACCGGUUUUGGAAAUUGUUUGCUCAAGAAUGCGGUAUAUUUCGUCACAGAUUGAGAAACAAAUCCGAAUUGUAGCUCUCUCAUCAUCACUGGCAGAUGCUAGGGAUAUUGCCCAGUGGCUGGGAUGCAACACGAAUGCCACAUUUAACUUCCAUCCAAGUGUCCGUCCGAUUCCUUUGGAACUGCACAUUCAAGGAUUCAAUGUAACUCACAACGCAACGCGGAUAUCAGCCAUGUCAAAGCCCGUGUACAAUGCAAUUGUAAAAUACAGUCCCCAUAAGCCUGUCAUUGUUUUCGUGUCAUCGCGGAAACAGGCUCGUUUCACAGCAAUCGACAUUUUGACAUAUUGCGCGUCUGAAGUUCAACCGAAUCGAUUCUUCCACGCAGAGGAGGAGGACAUCAAGCCGUUCUUGGACCGAAUGCAGGACAAGACCCUUAAGGAAACGCUCUCCCAGGGUGUGGCCUACAUUCACGAGGGUCUGAGUGCAUCGGAUCACAGGCUGGUGGAGCAACUCUUUGACUCCGGUGCUGUCCAGGUGGCUGUGGUGACUCGUGACCUGUGCUGGGGCAUGAGCAUCUCUUCGCAUUUGGUGAUCAUAAUGGACACACAGUUCUACAAUGGCAAGAAUCAUUCCUACGAGGACUAUCCCGUGACAGAUGUGCUGCAGAUGGUGGGAAGAGCGAAUCGACCAAUAGAAGAUGCCGACGCUAAGUGUGUCCUGAUGUGUCAGUCGUCGAAAAAGGAUUUCUUCAAGAAAUUCUUAAACGAACCUUUACCCAUCGAAAGUCAUUUGGAUCACCGUUUGCACGACCAUUUCAAUGCUGAGGUCGUGACGAAGACAAUUGAAAACAAACAAGAUGCUGUGGAUUACCUCACCUGGACCUUCCUCUACAGACGUCUCACACAAAAUCCCAACUACUAUAAUUUGCAAGGUGUCACUCAUCGUCAUUUGUCGGAUCAUCUGUCGGAGCUGGUUGAGAACACGCUCGCCGAUCUAGAGCAAUCGAAGUGUAUAAGUGUCGAGGAUGAUAUGGACACGCUGCCGCUCAAUUUGGGAAUGAUUGCAGCUUAUUAUUAUAUCAAUUAUACAACAAUAGAACUCUUCAGUUUGUCGCUUAAUAGCAAAACAAAAAUCCGAGGUUUGUUGGAAAUUAUAUCAUCAGCUGCGGAAUAUGAAGACAUUGUGGUGCGACAUCAUGAGGAAGGAAUUCUCAAGACCCUGUCGCAGAGAUUGCCAAAUAAAAUCACAGGACCUAAUGAAUCUACUCCUAAAUUCAAUGACCCACAUAUUAAAACUAAUCUUCUGCUCCAAGCACAUUUGUCACGGUUACAAUUGGGACCAGAACUGCAAGGUGACACUGAGAUAAUUCUCGGAAAGGCUAUUCGUUUGAUUCAAGCCUGUGUGGAUGUUCUCAGUUCAAAUGGUUGGCUAUCGCCAGCUGUGGCUGCUAUGGAAUUGGCUCAGAUGGUGACACAAGCUAUGUGGAGUAAGGAUUCAUAUCUCAAACAGCUGCCGCAUUUCAAUACCGAUAUUAUCAAGAGAUGUACAGAAAAGAAAAUCGAGACCGUAUUCGACAUCAUGGAACUGGAAGAUGAAGAUCGAUCGAAAUUACUUCAGCUUUCUGAUGCUCAAAUGGCAGAUGUGGCUCGUUUCUGUAAUCGUUAUCCCAACAUCGAGAUGAGCUUUGAAGUUGUCGACAGUGAACGUAUCCACUCGGGAUCAGCAGUCAAUGUUGUUGUUCAACUGGAACGAGAAGACGAAGUCACUGGGCCCGUUAUUGCUCCGUUUUUCCCUCAGAAACGAGAAGAAGGAUGGUGGGUGGUUAUUGGUGAUCCAAAAACAAAUUCAUUAUUAUCAAUUAAACGUUUAACUUUGCAACAAAAGGCUAAAGUUAAGCUUGAUUUUGUUGCUCCGGCACCGGGACGUCAUGAGUAUACUUUGUAUUACAUGAGUGAUUCAUAUUUGGGUUGCGAUCAGGAAUAUGCGUUUUCAAUAAAUGUUGGUGAUUUCCAAUCGGAGAGUGAAAGUGAUUCAGAAUAAUUAUUGUAUUGCAUAUAUUUAAUAAAACAAAAUAGAUUAGUUUGUAUAAUGUUUUUUAACAUUUAUUUUUAUUUCAUUGUCGACUAUAAGAGUUUGGUGAAUAAAAUAUUUGAAAUAAUGUAAA